GUGGCUGUAUAACCGCGCGCUUCACGCUAGCCUAUCACCUAAUCGAUAUAUUAUAAGCUUUCAACUUUCAAAUGGUACUGAUAUUGUGAGCGCUGUAACGCACACAGUAAAGGUAGGUCCCCACUCGGGGAGCAAAGCCAUCCAGUUUCGGCGAUGUCAUGUUGUGAAUCAUCCGCUCAUCGGGAUACCUUUGUCUCACCAUCACAUGCUAACCCUAGCCAGCCUUAGCUGAUUAUCAAAGAAAAAGGGAAACAUUACUACUGUGGCUUCUGCCAUGGCCUUGAAAAAGAAGAGGACCUCGUCACCUUCCAGCAGCGUCAGCGGGGGAGAUUUUGAAGACAGCCAACCGUCAUUGUUGGUGUCUUCAGCGGGAAGAAAGAGGAGACGUAUAUCGAGCAUUCCAACAGUUGAUCCUAUUGCUGUGUGUCAUGAACUAUACAACACCGUCAGAGACUACAAGGAUGACCAGGGUAGGAUGCUAUGUGAGCUCUUCAUCAGAGCCCCUAAAAGAAGGAACCAACCCGACUACUACCACGUGGUGUCCCAGCCCAUAGACAUGAUGAAGAUCCAGCAGAAGCUGAAGAUGGAGGAGUACGACGACGUUGAGCAAAUCACCAGUGAUUUUCAACUCUUGUUCAACAACGCUAAAACUUAUUACAAGGCAGACAGCCCAGAGCAUCGGGCUGCGUGUAAACUGUGGGACCUCUACAUGCGCACCAAGAAUGAGUUUGUUCAGCGGGGGGACUAUGAGGAUGAUGAGGAGGAAGGUUACGAUGCACAGGACACCGCUGGAGGACAGACUGAGGACGAGAGCACCCCGUCCUGCCUGAAGGAGCACCUGGAGCACCUCCUGGAGGCGGUGGUCUCCCACACGGAGCCCACGGGCCGCCUGGUCAGCGAGCUGUUCCAGAAGCUGCCCUCCAAAGUGCAAUACCCAGACUAUUACGCCAUCAUUAAAGACCCAAUCGAUCUGAGGAUCAUCGCUCAAAAGAUUCAGAUGGGUAACUACCGAAGUGUGAGUGCCAUGGCGAAAGACAUUGAUUUACUCACCAAAAAUGCCAAGAAUUACAACGAGCCAGGAUCACAAGUUUUUAAGGAUGCAAACACCAUCAAAAAGUUAUUUGCGCAGAAGAAGGCGGACAUGGACCACGCGGAGCCCACCAAGUCCAGCAUACGCAUCAGGAACAGACGUUCCACCCAGGGUGACCGUCUCUCUGCGAUCACCAUGGCCCUGCAGUAUGAAAGCGACGAGGAAGGCAUUCUCUCUGGGUCGGUCCACUACGACGAGGGGGAGUCGGAGGCCGAGGGCAUCCACUCCAACAUGGACAUGAGCAACCCCAUCUUCCAGCUGUACGAGGCGGUGCGGGGGGGCCGCAACAGCCAGGGCCAGCUGAUCUCGGAGCCCUUCCUGCAGCUCCCCUCCAGGAAGGACUACCCCGAUUACUACCAGCAGAUCGGGCAGCCCAUCUGCCUGCACCAGAUCAGGAACAAGAUGAAGAGCAACGAGUACGACAGCCUGGAGCACCUGGACAGCGACCUGACGCGCAUGCUGGAGAACGGCAAGCGCUUCAACGUGCCCCACUCCUCCAUCUACAAGAGGGCGCUGAAGCUGCAGCACAUCCAGCAGAUGAAGAAGAAGGAGCUCCUGCGGCGAGACGACGACGAAGGGGACAGCAUGCUGUCGUCGUCCCUCUGCGACAGCGUCAGCUCAAAGAGGAAAAUGUACAAGAAGAACACCAAGAAGAACCGCAUGCGCACGCUGUUCAUCGCGGUGACCGAGGCACGGGACCCGCCCACGGGCCGCCGGCUAUGUGACCUCUUCAUGGUCAAGCCCUCCAAGAAGGACUACCCCGACUACUACAAGGUGAUCCUGGAGCCCAUGGACCUGCGUACGGUGGAGCACAACAUCCGCAACGACAAGUACACCAGCGAGGACGCCCUGAUGGAGGACAUGAGGCUGAUGUUCCGCAACGCACGCCACUACAACGAGGAGGGCUCCCAGGUCUACAACGACGCCGACGUCCUGGAGAAGAUCCUGAAGGACCGGAGAAGAGAUCUGGGCCCGUCGAUCGACGACGAUGACAUGAUGAUCACCCCUAAGUUAAAGAUAAGGAAGAACAGCCUGACCCUGAAGAAGUCCAAGUACCUGACGCCGCUGCAGCAGAAGCUGAGCGAGCUGUACGAGGCCGUGAAGAACUUCACGGACAAGCGCGGCCGUCGCCUCAGCACCAUCUUCCUGCGGCUGCCCUCGCGCGCCGAGCUGCCCGACUACUACCUGGCCAUCAAGAAGCCCGUGGACAUGGAGAAGGUCAAGAGCCACAUGCUGGCCAACAAGUACCAGGACGUGGACGCGCUGGUGGAAGACCUGGUGCUCAUGUUCAACAACGCGUGCACCUACAACGAGCCCGAGUCGCUGAUCUACCGCGACGCGCUCAUGCUGCACCGCGUGCUCCUGGAGACCCGGCGGGACCUGGAGGGCGGCGAGGACUCGGGCGCGCCCGACGUGCCGCGGCUGAUCCAGGAGCUGAUCCGCAGCCUGUUCGUGUCGGUGCUGGGCCACCAGGACGACGAGGGCCGCUGCUACAGCGACUCCCUGGCCGAGAUCCCCGCGCUGGACCCCGCCGGGCCCGAGAAGCCCCGGCUCAACUUCGAGAUCGUCCGGGCCAACGUGGACCGCGGCCGCUACAAGAGGCUGGACGUGUUCCAGGACCACAUGUUCGAGGUGCUGGAGAAGGCCCGUCGGAUGCACAGGACGGACUCGGAGAUCUUCGAGGACGCCGUGGAGCUGCAGCAGUUCUUCAUCCGCAUCCGGGACGAGCUGUGCAAGAACGGAGAGAUCCUGCUGUCACCGGCGCUCAGCUACACCUCCAAGCACCUGCACGGCGACGUGGAGAAGGAGAAGAAGAGGAAGCUGCCCAAGGAGUUUGAGGAGGACAAGCUGAAGAGGGAGGAGGAGAAAAAGGAAGCAGAGAAGAGCGAGGAGCCCGUUGGGGGGUCCUGGCUGUCGGGCCAGCAGCGCACGUACAGCCAGGACUGCAGCUUCAAGGACAGCCUGUACCGCGUGGGGGACUACGUGUACGUGGAGUCCUCUGAGACCACCCUGCAGCCACACAUCAUCUGCAUCGAGCGCCUGUGGCAGGACCACACCGGUGAACAGUGGAUGUACGGCUGCUGGUUCUACCGGCCCAACGAGACCUUUCACCUCGCCACCCGGAAGUUCCUGGAGAAAGAGGUCUUCAAGAGUGACUUCUACAACAAAGCCCCCGUCAGCAAGAUCCUGGGCAAGUGCGUGGUCAUGUUUGUCAAGGAGUACUUCAAACUCCACCCGGAGGGCUUCAGGGCGGAGGACGUCUACGUGUGCGAGUCGCGCUACUCGGCCAAGGCCAAGGCCUUCAAGAAGAUCAAGAUGUGGACGUCGCCGCUGAACGCCGUGCGCUUCGUACCCAGAGACAUACCUCUGCCGGUCGUGCGCGUGGCCUCCAUGUUCGCGCCGAAGCGCGACGAGAAGCCCCCGGAGGUGACGGAGGAGAGCAAGACGACGGACGCCGACGCUGACAAGGAUAGGGAAGACGUCACCGUGGACGUGACCAAUGGGGAGCCUGGCUGCCAGUACUACGAGCAGCUCUGCUACAACAACAUGUGGCUCAAAGUGGGCGACUGCGUCUACAUCGGCUCCCACGGACUGGUGCGCCACCAUGUGGGCAGGGUGGAGAAGCUGUGGGUGCGGGACGGCGCGGCGUACUUCUUCGGGCCCAUCUUCAUCCACCCGGAGGAGACGGAGCACGAGCCCACCAAGAUGUUCUACAAGAAGGAGGUGUUCCUCAGCAACCUGGAGGAGGCCUGUCCCCUGACCUGCGUCAUCGGGAAGUGUGCAGUGUCCUCCUUCAAGGAGUACCUCUCCUGCCGGCCCACCGAGGUACCCGAGGACGACGUGCUGCUGUGCGAGAGCCGCUACAUCGAGACGGAGAAGCAGAUCAAGAAGUUCAAGGGCCUGAAGCGCUUCCCGCUGUCGGCCAAGGUGGUGGAGGACGAGACCUACUACUUCAGGAAGCUCAUCGUGCCCCAGAAGGAACCCUCCCCACUGCUGGACAAGAAGAUCGAGGAGCUGGAGGCAAAGUUCGCAGACAUGACGGACGAAGAGCUGGAGGACCUGGGAGAGGACGACAUAGACCUGGCCGACCAAUCCCUGCCCCAACUGCAGCGCUCCCUGUCCAGUGACAUGGACAUCAUGCCCUACACUCCUCCACAGUCAACGCCAAAGUCCAUCAAGGGGCUCUCGAAGAAGGAGGGCUCCAAGAGGAAGAUCAACAUGAGCGGCUACAUCCUGUUCAGCAGCGAGAUGCGGGCCGUCAUCAAGGCCCGGCACCCCGACUUCUCCUUCGGGGAGCUGAGCCGGCUGGUGGGCACCGAGUGGAGGAACCUGGAGGGCUCCAAGAAGGCCGAAUAUGAGGAGCGAGCAGCGAAGGUCGCCGAGCAGCAGGAGCGUGAGAGGGCGGCGUUGCAGCAGGCACUAGGGAUACCCAGAGCAGGUAUGUCAGCGAUGGAUGGCAUGCUUUGCAUGAGUGUCAUGCCAUCGCAUAGCAUGGGAGCACCUGUCUACCUCCCCAUGCUUCUGCCCUUUGGGCACGGCUACCACGAGUUAUCGGCGCACUGGGGUAUGAAUACCAUGGGAGGAGCCCAAGGAGCGCAUGGAGCUCAGACCGGGGCGAUGGGGUCAGGGCAGGCGGCCCCCCCGCCCUACCAGGCGUCCCAGGGCCAGCAGGGCCAGCACACCAUGCUGCAGCCCUCCAUGCCCAUGUUCGUGGCCCCGCCGCCCAAGCCCCAGCGCCUGCUCCACUCCGAGGCCUACCUGAAGUACAUCGAGGGGCUCUCUGCAGAGUGCCCCACCGUCAGCAAGUGGGACCAGACCCUCUCAGCGCGGAAGAGUGACGUGCGUCUGACGAAGGAGCAGGAGGCCAGGCUGCCGUCCCAUUGGCUGAAGAGCAAGGGAGCCCACAACACCAUGGCCGACGCCCUGUGGCGUCUCCGCGACCUGAUGCUGCGAGACAGCCUCACGGUCCGCUACGCCUGCACCCCCUAGCCCCCCCCCCCCUUCAUGCUUCUUGCUGUUGUUAUUGUUGUUGUUGUUUACUGUUGUUUACCGAGCCUCUGCUCCCACUGUCACACAGAAGAGGGUCACGCUCACUAAAAGUUUUAGUUGUUGUUUAUUCCGAACUGUGUUUGUUUGUGUUGACUUGUUGUGCUGGUGUUUAUGUGAGCUGUGGCGAUGCCCUUUUUGUUUAAUCGGUUCAGUUUUGCUUCAUCGUUCCGGGGCAUUUAUAGUUAUGACUGUAGUUCGGUGAAAUGUCAAAGUUUGCACAUGUUAAGAAAUCGGAAGGUCUUAGUUGAAUUGUUUAUUUGCAAAUGCCAACAAAAAUAUGGUAUGGCAUUCUGGAAAAUGUGCCAUUUGGCUUUUAUGUUGAAAAGUAGCUUCCUUUCUAAUUGUAUAAGGACUUGAAAGUAAAAAAAAUACAACAUUGUG